AUGGCUACUUCUCCUCCUUCACGCGAAAUCAGAGUUUCCUGGUGUGAAAAACUGAAUGCUAUAGCUUGUGCCUCUGAAACAUGUGCUAGAAUUCCCAGCUUAAUUGCAAAUCCACCAUUUUGGAUCCCUAUACAUAUUGUGAUCCUAGAGAAGCCUACUGAAUGUGCAGUAUUCGAUGUCCUAGCAGAUUCUCCUCGUGAUUAUGUACAGUUUAUUGAGUGGUCCCCUACUUCUUGUCCCCGUGCAUUAUUGAUAGCUAAUUUUCAUGGGAGAAUAACUAUUUUGACUCAACCAUCUCAAAAUUUUAAUACACAUUAUUUGGAUAUGAUUAGGAAGUUUAUAAACAUGGAUGAUGAGAUUAUUUCUGAGACUCCUGUUCAAGCUUCUGGUAGUGUUGAUUCUGGUAAAAAUGUAAUGUUUGGAGAGAAAGAGAAAUUGAGGCAGAAGAUGUCUAGGAUACCUAAUAGAAUUUGUUUGACAUCUGAUGUGUGGACAACAUCUACCACUGAAGGAUAUAUUUGUCUGACAGCUCAUUUUGUUGAUAAGAAUUGGCAACUAGAGAAUAAUGCUUCUGCAAAUGACAACAUGCAAAAAAUCUUAAAUACUUAUCUACGUAAGCAGAAUAGUUUGUUUUACGAUGGAGAAUAUUUUCAUUUGCGUUACUCUGCUCACAUUUUAAAUUUGAUUAUGCAAGAAGGGUUAAAGGUGGAUGCUGGAGCUUUAUUUAAAAUCAGAGAGAGUGUGAAAUAUGUGAAAACUUCUGAUGGGAGAAUGAUGAAAUUCAAAGAUUGUGUGCAACAAGCAGAAAUUGAAGAAGGUGUUGGUCUAAAAUCAGAUGUUCCAACUCGAUGGAAUUUUACAUAUAUGAUGUUGGAAAGCGCAAUUAAAUUUGAAAAAGCGUUUGACAUCCUUAGUGUUUUAGAUGGAGCUUAUAAAGUUUGUCCAACAAAUGAAGAAUGGAGCUUAGCAAAAAAAAUGUGUGAAUUUUUAGAGUCAUUUUAUGAAACUACAAACCUCAUUUCGGGUUCAUCAUAUCCAACAUCAAAUUUGUAUUUUAUGCAAGUUUGGAAAAUUAAAUGUCUUUUGGAAGAUAAUCAAACUUGUGAUGAUGUUGUUAUUAUGAACAUGGCUUUCAGAAUGAAGAUGAAGUUUGAUAAAUAUUGGAGGGAUUAUAGCACUGUCUUGGCUUUUAGGGCAAUUCUUGAUUCUCAAUUAAAGUUAAAGUUCUUGAGGUUUUGUUAUAAAAAACUAGAUCCUUCAAUCUUUGAAUUGAAGGCAAAUGAAGUAUUGGAGAAAUUUAAAAGGUUGUAUGGAGAGUACAUAAAUACUUUUGGUGGUUCAACAAUUUCUCAAAGUAGUAAUCAAUCUCUUAUGUCACCUGAAGAAGGAAGGCUUACAAAGAAGAGCAAAAUGGUGAUGAAGGAGUUCAGAGAAUUUAACUGUGAAACCCAAACUUCCAAGGAUAAAGAUGAAUUAGAGAUUUAUCUAAAAGAAGGUUUGAUUCACACCAAUGAAGAUGAUUUGAAGUAUGAUGUGCUGAAUUUUUGGAAGAUUAAUGAGGAUAGAUUUCCCACUCUGUCAGUUAUGGUCAGAGAUAUUUUAAGUAUUCCCAUCACUACAGUAGCAUCUGAGUCUGCAUUCAGUAUUGAUGGACGUGUUUUAACAAAAUAUAGAAGUUCCACUCUUCAUGAGCAUGUCCAAAUGCUUAUUUGCACAAGGAGUUGGUUACGUGGAUUUGUUCCAAAUUAUGAUGAUGAUGAAAUUGGUGAAAUUCAUGAAGAAGAAGUGUCAACAAAAACGAUGCAUCCCCCUCAACAUUUAUGA